AUGGAAAAUUUUAAACUCUUCAAGGAAAAUUCAUGGUACACUAAACAUCAUUACAGCACAAUAGGGAUUAUUGAAGACGUUUUUGCUUAUCUCCCUCAAAGAAAUAAAAAAAGGAGAAAAACGCAAUCACGUUAUGAUGUAUGUUGCUUCAUCAUCCUGAAAAUCAGCAGCGGUUUGAGAGUGAACGUGACUUUAUUUUAA